AUGGUUCAAGCAAGCGACCUCCGCGGUGCUCCGCUUCUCCAUCGCUCCUCUUCCUCUUCCUCCUCCUCCUCCUCGCAACCAUUCCCCUCCCUAGACGGCCAGUUCCAAGAAAUCGUCCAAACCCACCCCGACACACUCGCCUUGGUCUGCUCGCAUCAACCGCCGGACCUUUACAGCGCUAAUGCCAACCAACCCACAAAAACCAGAGCAAACACAAACAGCCCACAAUGCCUCCGCUGGACCUACCGCGACCUAUCCGCGCGAGUCGACUGCUUCGCGACCGCCCUUCAAGCCCGCGGGAUCGGCAAGGGCUCACUAAUGAUGCUCUUCACGGCUAAUUCGGCCGAAUACAUCAUUGCAACGUGGGCGGCGUAUCGGAUUGGCUGCGUGCAUGUGCCGCUAAGUCCGAGGUGUUUGGGGCAUAAGCGGGAGGCGGUGCAUAUGGUGAGCACGGCUGUUGAGGCGGUUGAUCCCCAGGGGGUGGUGGUUAUUGCUGGUGAGGGGCUGAGGGAGAGGGUCGGGGAGGUUAUUGGGGAAUGGAGGGGGGAGGAGUGGGUUUUGAUUGCGGUUGGAGGGGGAGCGAAUGAUUGGGCUGGCUUUGAUGAGGUUAUGCGCUCUACAUCUGAUUCGAUGAACACGAGGGACAAGGAUGAGAACCAGACCGUGGAGUCAUCCAUCUUCUUCACUAGUGGCACCACCUCCCUGCCCAAAGGCUGCUUCGUGCAGGCCUCUGCCUUCCCGUCGACUGCCGCCAGCACCUGGCGUGCGAGUCUCCGGCACCCGAUGCGGCCUGGUGAUUGCGUUGCCGUUGUCCUGCCCAAUAACCACGCCUUCGGCUACAUGGUUCUCAUGGCGGCGUUCCUCAAUGGCGCCACCGUCGUGUUUCCCAGCGAGGGCUUUCAACCCGAGAAAUUGGUCGAGACGAUCACGCGCGAACGCUGCACCUUUACCGCGCUGGUGCCGACGAUGUUGCAUGCUCUGAGUGGCGUCGCCAUCGCGCCGGCGCAGAGGCUCUCCUCCCUGAAGCGGAUCGUGCUGGCUGGCGCGCCGCCAACGGAGGAAGUGCUGCGCAUCUGUUUGGGCCACCUCGGCGCUCAGGCAGUGGAAAAUUACUACGGGAUGACCGAGGGGAUCGCGGUUUCGACCGGUGCGGCCGAGAGCGUCGAUGAGGUGAUUCGUGGUCGCGAUGUCUCCAUUGGGUUACCGUUGCCGGGCGCCAGGGUGAGGAUCUGUGCCAAGGGCAGCCGGGCUCCCGUGUCGAUGGGCGCCGUUGGCGAGGUGCAUUUCUCCGGGCCUACUUUGGUAAAUGGAUACAUAGGGAACCGGGACGACGACAAGUUCUACACCGACGAGAACGGACAGAGGUGGUUCUGCACCGGCGAUAAAGCCGUCGUCGGCGAGGAUGGCCGGCUGUACCUGGUGGGCAGGUAUAACGACACCAUCAUCCGAGGCGGCGAGAACAUCGAGCCGUCGGCUAUCGAGGCCGUGCUGGGCCAGACGGCCGAGCUCCAUGUGCUAGAGCCGCAGAUUGUGCGCGCGUCGGAUGAGGUUGCUGGCGAGGUGCCGGUUGCUGUCAUCCGACAGGAUAUCGAUGAGGGCAGGGCCCGCCAGCUCAAGGACACCGUCCGGGCCAAGAUGGGCGCCCUCUAUGUCCCGGCAGGAGUGGUGGCGGUGUCAGCCCUGGGGUUGAGCGACUACCCUCGGACUCUCGCGGGGAAAGUCCAAAAAUCGAAGUUGACGGAAUUGGUGGGAGCGUACUGGACGGAGCGGAAGUCGCAAGCGCGCAAUAGGUUGUAUAAGCCCCUCAAGUCGCAUUCCAACUCAAAGGUCAUAGAAUCAUUAUUGAGCGCGAUUGCGUUCGCGAAGGGGGAGGAUAUCAACCCGGCCACGCGAUUGAUCGACUUGGGAAUUGACUCCAUCACAUCGAUUGCGCUCCUCAAUCAGGUCCGACAAGAGACAAAAGUGUCACUUCCCUCGUCGCUCUUCUUCACACCACACACAAUCAGCAAAAUCAUUGAGCGGUUGCAAUCAAUUACCAACCCCGCCGACCUGCUUGAUUUUGACACCGCCGCGGAAGAGCCACCCCGCGAAUGCUUCUUGACGCUCCUCCAAGGGACCCCCAAGCCGGGCGUGCCGUCCCUCUUCAUGACACCCCCCGGAUCGGGAUACGCCUUCUCAUACGAGCCACUGCCCAAAUUCGCCAAUGACUUGGCCGUCUACGCGCUAGGAUCACCUUUCCUCAUGUCCAAGUGCGACGCCGCCUGGACAGUCGAAGAGGCCGCCGCCAUAUACGUCAAGACCAUCCGCAAACGGCAGCCGGAGGGACCGUAUCUACUAGGUGGCUGGUCGAUGGGCGCCAUCAUCGCCUACGAAGAGGCAUACCAGCUCCGCCAACAGGGCCAAUCAGUGCUAGGCAUCAUAAACCUGGACAUGCCGCUGCCCCGCCCGGAUCCGUGUGUCCUCGAGCCCUCGGUCAAACUGUUGGAGAUCGUCGGCUUCUAUCCCGCAAUCCGUCGCGCUGGAAAACCGGACAUGGAGAUUCCUUCCUACCGGCGACAGCACAGUCUUGCCUCUGUUCGGGCCAAGCUGAAGUACUCGCCGCGUCCCAUGCAUACUGCCUCCACUGAUAGAAGUCCGGUACGGAUUUUCGUGAUCUGGGCGGGACACGGUGAUCCCGAUCGACUGCCGUCAGUGCUUGUCGAAGCAGAGAGGAUACUGCAGCAGUAUGGACCAGAGACGCAGGAACGAACCAGCCAGGAAUGGCUGCAAACGCCGCGGGAGUCGAUGGGACCGGGAGGUUGGGCGGAAAUGGUGGGCGAGCAGAAUGUUGAGUGCCAUGUAAUUGACCAUGCGCAUCACGAUACGCUCAUGGAUCCUGAGGUGGUAAGUUGUGUUCUUAUUUAUGUUUGCUGGAACUGCUUUCUAACGCUCUGCGCAGGUGGAAUAUACGGCGAGGUUGAUGCAGGUGGCAAUCGACAAGUGGUCACCAUCGCAACAAUGAUCAUGUGCAAUGGUGUUUGCAGUUCAAGUUCACGAGAUCACGUUCAAAAGUAUGGUAAUGGAUGUUUCUGA